AUGGAGGCGCAGGCGGGACCGUCGCGUCUGCCAGACCCGGCAACGCCGCAACCAAGACGGAGCGCAGAUCGGCGAUCAUUGGCAACACCCACAUUGACGCACAAGACAUCGAUGGUCAGCGCGACCGACACGUUUGCAACCGCGACCGACGGAGAUGGAUACUACACGGAUGCCGCUGGAGAUCUCAGCGCCUAUCAUAGCGAUGACGGGCGCAGCCGUUUCGGCAGCGUGCCACAUACGAUCAAUGCACGAGGACUUGAUGACAAUCGUGGCAGCACUUCGUUGUCGAGAUCGUCCUCUAAUAGAACAGCUCAGCGACAAGAUCAGUCUAUAUCCGACCCACCAUUCCCCCACACGACACCGACAGCCUCAGCUUUUAUUCCACCAGCACCGAUAGCUGCGUCGCCUCUGACAUCCAGCAUCGAUCGUAGUACUCCACAAGAUCCAACCGCUGACGAAGCAGGCGAGCAGAUCGAGCCUGGCCAUGAGCCACCUAACCCUGCUGUGCAUCACCGCCUCGCACGGCAUUGCGCUGUUCUCGGAUUGCUGGCGUUCUCGGCGAUAUGGGGCACACUAGCUCGAGAAGGACUCGUCGCACUCAAUACGUACGACGGACAGAGCGUCGCGCCUCUCAUCUGGGCCCAAGCCGUUGGGUGCCUCAUCAUGGGUCUCGCCAUAGGCGCCAACAGACAAGCCAUCGAGGGCCGCUACCCACCGGCCUACAUCAUGAUCACCACAGGCCUCUGCGGCAGCAUCACCACCUUCUCCAAAUGGAUGCUUGACGUCUUUCGCGCUUUCGGUGAUCAGCAGCAUUACAACCGAGGUGGACUGCACAACGUGAUGGAUGCAAUGUCGCAAACCGCGUUGACCGUCGGCAUGGCGCUUGUUAGUAUCAGUGCCGGCAUCGCGCUGUCCAAGGUGAUCAAUCUGGAGUUGUUGAUACGUGCUUGCUUCGGCAACAAGAAAGGACCUGCAUCUGCGCAGGCUCGGGAGGUUGACGAGAAGAAGAGUUUGGUGCAUCCCGGCCAGACCCUCGUACUCGACACGUCGGUGUUCCUCCUAGGCCUCGUCUUUUGGAUCGCCUCCGCCAUCCUCUGCGCCCUCUAUCCGCCCUUCCGCCGCGUCACCUUCGGCCUCGUCCUCGCGCCACCUGGCACCAUCCUGCGGUGGUACCUCUCUCGGUUCAACUCGCAUCCUCUCUCCAAACGCACAUCUCUUCCGCUUGGAACGCUCGCCGCCAACCUCUUCGCCACCGCUGUCAUCUGCGCGGCCUUCACUGCUUCACGAGCUGGCUCAGCACCGAGGUCGUUCGCCGGAGGUCUGACGGGUUGUGAAGCGCUACAGGGUCUCGAAGAUGGCUUCUGCGGCUGUCUGUCGACGGUGAGCACGUUUGCGGUCGAGUUGAGGACGAUCAAGCCGCGAAGGAAGGCGGUGAGGUACGCGGUGGUGUCCUGGGUGGCCGGUGUGUUGAUUUGUGUCGUGCUGGUCGGUGCACCGUGGUGGUCCGGUGGAAUGGACGGUCGCUGUCUGGGUUACACUUCUUAG